CGGCGGCGGCGGCCCCGAUCCCUCCUUCCGAGGCGCCCCGGCCGGCUUGCAAGCCAGCCGCAUUCCUCCGCACGGCGAGGGGAGGGCCUGGGGGUGGGAGGAGGAGGAGACCGGCGGGGAGGGAGCCGGAAAAUGCAAGCGGCUUCCUGCCACCCUCCCCGGUCCAACCCCUCCCCGGAGGCCGCCCUCUGCAACAGGAAACCGGGCCAGCCAGCCAGCCAGCCAGGCAGCCCGCGGCGUCCCGGGGCCCAGCGUCCGAGGGGGGGUCGAUCCAGCCCAGGUAUAUGUUAAGCCUGAUCUUGUGAACCCCUUGAACUAGCCGUAGGGGACUCCUCCCCAGGGGGAAGAAUGGAGCUGGAGGAAGCAUAUAAUGGGAGCCCAGCCCCAGGUGCCCAAAGCGGGUCAGCGAUUGCAAUCAUCGGUGCCGAAGAUGAGGACUUUGAAAACGACAUUGAGCCAAAUCCAGACAUGCAGAGCAGUUUGUUUCAGAGCCUGGAGAUCCUCAAGAAGCACCCCGCCUACCUGAUGGUGUUCCUGCACCAUGUGGCGCUCCAAUUCGACUCCAGCUCUGUGCUCUGUUACCUCCACGUGGACCUCAUCCGCCACCUGACGCCCAAGGAAGGGAGGAAGCAGUUUGUGGAGUUCUGCCACAAUUUCCUGGACAGGGCAGGGCUCUGCCACUUGAGUUCGCCUAACCUGGAUUCUCUUCCACCUACAGACCGAUCCCGGCCGGACCUUCUUCCGGAUGACCUGCAGAGGAAAUUCCUGCUGGACAUUCAGGCAUUCCAAGAACCGGAGAUCUCCCGGCAGCUGGAGGACUUCAGGGAGAAAAGGAAGAUGGGGAUGACCGCCGGGGAGCCGGAGCUCUCGGAGCUCGAAAGUUACCAGACCAAAGACAAAGGGAUCCGCGAGGCUAAGGAGAAGCAGCUGGCUGAGAUCCUGCUGGGACGGCUGGAAGAGAUGCACCUCACCAUUUCUUCCGACGAGGAGAAAAGCUCAGCCAUUUUCUCUGCCAUCGUGACGUACAUGAAGUACCUGGGGGUUAAGACCAAGGGAGCCGACAGCAAGAAGUCGAAGCCCAACUUCUUCCGCAAGAAGAUUUCGGGGACCAAGAAACCUGAGGAGACCCCCAAACCGAAAAAGGGUUUCAGCAUUCUCGACCCGGCCCGGUGGAACCGGGGUGACUCCCACUAUUCUGAUUACAGACAAUCCAAACCUGAGGGUGAAGCAGGUGAUAAGUCGCUCGCCGUAGACAAGAAAGGGUCCAAGGGAGCCGAGGGAAUCUCAGGACGAGGCAAGGGGACCUCAUCUGUAUUGGACCCUCCGGGAGUGUCUGUCAGUGUCCACCCGUCUGCGGGAGAAGGCACCGAUGGGGACCAGGGAUUGGACAAUCAGGGCCAAAUGGAUUCAGGGGACUCCCCUGUCAUGGAGCAACCCGUUGCUGGGGAACAGUCUGUGACAGAUGAUGGGACUGAAAACGAAAGAAGGCGAAAAAGGUUGGUGGUCCCCCGUCCCCUCACCCUUCACUCUUUGCAUGAAUUUCUUCCUCAGUUGCCCACGUGCACGCAUGUUCUUUUCCUGUCGGUCUCUGGGUGCCAACGUGCGGCAAUUCUUUGCCCCAACUCUGUGUGUUCUUGUGAUUGGUCUGUGGCCCUUCCCACAUUUCUGUGGCUCAUUUCGUCGUCCCCUCCCCCCCCCCCUGGUUUGUCCGACUCCACCCUCACUACGCUUGUCCAUUCGCUUCCGGUUGGUCCGCGUCCCCCUCUCCUGUCUGUGGCCCGGGGUCUGCCCGCUUUCCUCCUCGCCAGACUGACGGCAAAGCUGGGCCGCUCAGAGAGCCUGCGGGUUUACGAGCGGAAGCGGUCCCAGCGGGGCUCGGCCAAAGGCAAGCAGCUACGCUCGCGGAGCGAUGUGGACAUCGAGGCCGCGGCCCGGGCCAACGAGCUGGAGGAGAAGUCGUCCCUAGAUCAGGCUCGGCGCAAGCCGGGGAGCGGCAAUUUGGAGCCAGGGGGGGCUGGGGGAGGGGAGCCCCCACCGUCCUUUCUGCUUCCCCAGUCUGAGGAGAAUGAGCCGCGCGUUUCGGAACUGGAGCUCGAGCCGCCGAACUGGCGGGAGCUCAUCGCCCCCGAUACCCUUCUCAGGCUGAAGAAAAGUGAAGUGAAGCGGCAAGAGGUGAUCAACGAGUUGUUCAUCACUGAGCACGCCCAUGUGCGAAUGCUGCGGGUGCUGCUGGAGGUCUUCUACCAACCCAUGCUGACAGAAGGCUUCUUCGAUGCAACGGAGCUGCAGAGUAUCUUCCCUGCCUUGGAAGACUUGGUUGAUGAACACAAACUGUUUUUAGAAAAACUGAAGAAACUCAGGGAGGAAAACCCACUGGUUUCAGAGAUCGGAGAUACCCUGCUGGCUCGGUUUCACUUGCCGGAUGGGAGCUGGUUCCAGAAGAUCUCCGCCCGCUUCUGCAGCCGCCAAUCAUUGGCCCUUGAACAGCUGAAAGCGAAACAGAAGAAAGAACCCCGUUUCAACCAGUUCAUCCAGGAGGCGGAAAGUCAGCCUCGGUGCAGGCGGCUGCAACUGAAGGACAUCAUCCCUAUCGAGAUGCAGAGGCUGACCAAAUAUCCGCUGCUGCUUCACAACAUUGCCCAGUGCACUGAGGAGAAGGAAGAACGCGAAAAGGUCCAGAAGGCAGCCAACUGCUGCAGAGAAAUCCUCAACGAGGUCAACAAGGCCGUGCGUGAGACGGAGAAUUUUCUGAAACUCAAAGAUUACCAGCGUCGCUUGGAUCUUUCCAAUCUGAAGCAAAGCACCGAUCCGCUGCUCAGCGAAUUUCGGAACACUGACAUCAGCAGAUGGAGUCACCUUGGAAAAGGGGAUGACGUGUAG